AACAAAAAUCCUCAGACCCCGGUCUCGAAGGUUCGAUUCCAUCUUCUCGCGUCGCCGGGUUUCCUCGCCUCCCGUGGUGGUCGAGCGCGAGCGCGCGGCGGGGUUUUCGAGCGCGAUGGCCACUCCCGGCGAUCAACCGGCUGGCGGCGGGUCCCCGGCGCGGGCGUCGAGGCUGCGCUACCCGCUGCGGUCGGCGAGCAGGGGGAAGGUGGCGGCGGAUGCGCCUCCCACCGUCUCCGCGCCGAGUAGGUCAAAACCAUCUUCAGAUGUCAGCAAGAGCAUGUGUAUUGACCUUUCUGUGAAGGAUAAAUCAGCCAAACCUCCACGGAGGCACUCAAUACAAACUAAGCCAGGAGCAAGCCCAAGGCCAACUCCUUCUGGAACUGUUACUCCAGUAUCUGGGAUUCGGUCAAGGAGGUUUGAUACCCCGUCAUCUGAAGUGUCCAUGUCCACGGCAAGGCGCAAGUUCAGCACGCUGUCCUCGGUCUCGUAUUGGAUGACACAGAUCAGGCUGGCAGAGGCUGCUUGCAAGCACUCGGUUGCCCUGGCUUUCUUUAGGCUUGCUCUAGAAUCAGAAUGUGAGCCACUGGAUCGGAUGAGGGAAGAACUCAAGUCAUAUGUUGCCCGGCAUGGCCUAGCUACAGAAUUGGAGGAACCAGUAAAGGACAUUCUUCAGGUUUAUGAUAUCGUGGAGGAUUUUGAGAAGCUCAAGAUCUCUCCAGAGCCCUCACAGCAACCAAAAAAGUCUGACAAGGCAGCUCGUACUGCCACUAAUGUGUCACCCAAUGGUAACCUGAAGCCAAGGUCACUGAACUCUGAGCCAGCUGAAAGUAAGGUAGCAGGAAAGAAAGAGAACAUUCAGAAGGCGAAGCCUGAUGCAAAGGUCAGAGCCUCCUAUAACAAGAAUCCUGCCAAAAACACCACAGCAACGGAGGUGGUUCCCAAGAACGCUGGUAAGAAAACCAAGAAACAGACCAAGGGUCAACAGGAAGUUAGCAAUGGAGAUAGUGGGGUUUCCGCCGCCGGUCCAGAUCAAGAUCCUGCUGAUGUGGUGAUGGAGAUUACACAUGAGGAUAAAGAGAACAUGGGGGAUACUGAGAUGCCCAUGGAUGCUGGCAUUCCCCAAGAAGCCUAGAAGAGCCGGACCGACUUCAGAUUCAAUCCUUUUUUAUCGCUGAAGAUGAAGUACUAGCGUGUGGUUGCUUGCUUUGGUUUCCAUUGUUAAUAUGUUACCCGAGCUCGUCUCUUUGAUUGCCGAACCGUGUCUUGGAUGGGGGGACUGCAUUGUGUGCUUUGAUGGGUGGUAGAUUGCUUGCUUGUAUUCUUUCAUUAAGUUUGCUGGUUUGAUGGUUUGCCUGUAGUAGCCGUGCAUCUGAAUAUAGUCGAGUUUAUUUAUUCGUGUGAAUGGAA